AUGAACGAAGCGCUUUGCUCUAUCCUUUCAAUGGAAGAUAGAUGGUCAUUUGAUCUUGAGGGCAGGUUUAUCAAAUUUAAUAAAGAUGGCACUGGUGAGAAGUUGUGGUGCCGCUGCAAUUUUAAUGUUUGGAUCGCUGCAGAGUUCGAGUGGAGGAGCGUCGAGCCGCCCCGCGACCCAAGCCGAAGCACAGAGGUGCCAAGCCAAGUCGCGAGUGGCGCCCCGGGCAAAGGUCCUCAACCCCUUGGCCAGUUGAAUCUCGAAAUAACUCUUACCAAACGGUUGCCAGAAACGGUGAAGCACUCUAUUUUGUCAAAGAGCACCAUGGUAAACGAGAAAAGUCUUACAGAUGAGGCUUUUUACCCCAAGUUAUAUACGGUUAGAAUCGAGAAGGGCAACUUCGUAGAACCCUGCUAUAUCGGGUACCCUAGCUCGGACAAACCAAGAUUCGCCCUUCGCCUGCUGUUUGAUAAAUCUCCAUAUCCGCCGAGGUCUGGAUGGAAGAGGCCGGAGGAAGGGCCGGACGGAGGUCAGUUUUGGGAUCACGUAGAAUUUGUUGGUCGAAUUUCACCAGAGCUGGUAAAGAAAGGGGCUGUUAUGAACAAUAUAUCUACGGGGUGGUGGGGCGGAUGUGUGGUUUCUUAA